AUGAGGCUUUUCAGCACCCUCCUGCAUAUCACGGCGGCAAUAAGCGGGGAUUCAGCACGGGGUAGCAGUGCUGCUCUCCAAGACCUCGUCGUAGGCCUGCAGAAUGUCGACAGCGCCAUCACCAAUGCUGCCAAGGUCGUUGGUGGUAUCGGCAGCAACCCGCCAAGUCUGCCUGGUGCGAUACCGAUCGUUGUCGUCCGUGGAAACCAGAACAUCCGGGCAAGCGUGUCCGACAUCGCGACCACGGUCGCUGCCCUGCCUGUCCCAGCCGUCGGCAGUCUGCAUGACCUCCCUGGCGCCGAUCACGAGUCCCUCUGCUUUUUGACUACAAAGGUCAACCACUCCCAGAACAAAUUUAUAUCAGCUGCCCAGUCUCUCGUGGCUCGGGCUCCUGUCGUCCGCGGCCCCGUGAACGAAGUGUUAAAGUCGGCGGGAGAUGCCGUGGCUAGCUGGAUCAAAGCUAUAUCAGCCGCAGGCUUGGACUGCAGCAAGCAGCCUUCAUCUUCUCAUGUCCUCCCCCGACAGGUCGGCCUGCCUGGUGCCAGUUCUUCGUCGAUCCGCCUUCCCAGCAGCGCCGCUUCGGUAGUCAACAGCUUAACUAGCAGCGCCUCUCCGACGAUUCCAACACCUAGCAGCGCUUCCUCGAUACUUGGCGUUACUAGUACCGCUUCCUCGAUAGCUGGCAUUUCCAGUACCGCUUCCUCGAUAGCUGGCAUUUCCAGUGCUGCUUCCUCGAUAGUUGGCUCUAGCAGCAUCACUUCGUCACUGGAGGAGGGCGUGUCUAGUAGCAUCCCUUCGACCACUGAGGCUCUUCUUAGUAGCGUCUCCUCGACAGCUGGAGCGGACGUUUCUAGCGCAUCUUCGGCAAUCGAGGGAGAAUUGACUAGCGCAAGUUCGGCAGGUGAAGGACUUUCUAGCAGUAUCCCGUCAACAACUGAAGUCCUCACGAGCGCAAGCUCGUCAAUUCAGAGCGAGAUUUCUAGUCUCACUUCGACAGCUGAGAGCGAAUUGACUAGCGCAAUCUCGACGGUUGAAGGACUCUCUAGCAGUACCCCUUCAACUACUGAAGAACUUCCCAGCGCCAGUUCAACAAUCGACGGCGAUGUUUCCAGUCUCACUUCGACAGUUGGGGGGGAGUUGACUAGCGCAGCGUCGACUAUUGAAGGACUUUCUAGCAGUAUCCCGCCGACAACUAGCGAUAUUCCUAGUCUCACGUCGACAAUUGAAGACCUUCCUAGUAGCAUCACCUCGACGAUUAACGACCUCCCUAACGAUCUUCCUACUACCCUUUCUACUGCCCUUUCCCCGAUUCCUAGCCUUUCUACAAGCCUUGAGUCGAUCACCGACCUUCCUACCAGUAUCUCUUCCCUUCCUGACCUUCCUACGAGUCUUACUUCAAUUAUCGAUGGCCUUUCUACUAGUCUAUCUUCAGUCCCCGACCUCCCCACUAGUUUCUCUUCAAUCCCCGAUCUGCCUACUAGUUUCUCUUCAAUCCCGGACCUGCCUACUAGUCUUUCUUCGAUCAUCGACCUACCUACCAGCCUUUCUUCGAUUCUCGAUGCUACCUCAAUUAUCGACAACCUUCCAACCAGUAUUUCGUCUAAUAUCGAACUACCUACCAGCCUUUCUUCGAUCAUUGACCUACCUACCAGCCUUUCUUCAAUUCCUGAUCUACCUACUAGCCUUUCGUCAAUUCUCGACGCUACCUCAAUUAUCGACAACCUGCCUACUAGCCUUACUUCGAUUCCUGAUCUACCCACCAGCCUUUCCUCGGUUCUCAGCGCUACGUCAAUCAUUGAUAACCUCCCUACUAGCCUUUCUUCGAUUCCGGACCUACCUACUAGUCUUUCUUCGAUUCUCGGCGCCACGUCAAUCAUCGAUAACCUCCCUACAACCCUGUCUUCGAUUCCCAGCCUACCUAUAAGUUUGUCUUCGAUUCUCGGUGCUACAUCCCUCAUCGACGACCUGCCAACAAGUUUGUCUUCGAUCCUCGGCGCCACGUCAGUUAUCGACGACCUGCCCACUAGCCUUUCUUCGAUUCUAGGCGCUACAUCCCUGAUCGACAACCUGCCUACUAGCCUUUCUUCGAUCCUCGGCGCCACAUCAAUUAUAGACGAUCUCCCUACUGGUAUUUCGUCCACUCUCGAACUCCCUACGAGCUUGUCUUCGAUUCCCAACCUUCCGACCAGUCUUUCUUCAGUUCUCGGCGUAACAUCAAUUAUCGAUGACCUCCCAACAGGCGUUUCUUCAAGGAUUAGUAGCCUCCCUACUGGCUUUUCUUUGAUUCCCGACCUGCCCACCAGCCUUUCCUCUAUCUCCGAUCUCCCUACCAGCAUUUCUUCGAUUCUCAGUGCAACAUCAAUUAUCGACAACCUUCCUACAAGCAUUUCGUCCAAUGUUGAACUACCUACCAGCCUGACUUCAAUAAUCAGUACCCUCCCUACUAGUCUUUCUUCAAUCCUCGACGUUACUUCGAUCAUCAGCAGCCUCCCAACUAGCGGCACCUCAAUUAUCGACGACCUUCCUACCGGCAUUUCUUCGAUACUUGGCACCCCCGGAGCGUCCUUAUCCAGCAGCAUCCCAGGGAUUCCGUCGACUAUAGAUCUCCCUGAUACUACUUCCCCUACAGGCGGGUCUGGUCCUACUAUCCCCACUGGGCUACCCAUUGAGUCUUCAUCUGGGCUCCCUGUUGGGUCUUCAUCUGGGCUCCCUGUUGGGUCUUCAUCUGGACUCCCUGUUGGAUCUUCAUCUGGACUCCCUGUUGGAUCUUCAUCUGGACUCCCUGUUGGAUCUUCCUCAGCAUCCAAUCCAGGCAAUGGUGGUUCUCCAUCGACCAAUAGCUCCCCUGGUGCUCCGUCGACCAGCGGGUUCGGCGGUGCCUUCCCUCCAGGUGCAUCCUCGACCCCAAUCGCUUCGACUGGAAACCCUCUACCUACUGGUCUUCCAGGGGGAAGCCCUACGAAUGGAAGCCCUCCCGGCGGAACCUCGUCAGCUAGCGGGUCCGGCGGCGCUUUCCCACCGGGCGUGUCUUCAUCCCCAAUUGCUUCAACUGGCAACCUUCUACCCACUGGUCUUCCGGGACCAGGUCCCACGAAUGGAAAUCCUCCCGGCGGAACCUCACCAACUGGCGGCUUCGGCGGUGCUUUCCCCACCGGAGGCGUCCCUUCUAACCCAAGCGCCCCAGGUGGCAGUCCUCCUGACUCUCCAGGGGUAGGUCCGACGAACGGGAAUGGCGACGGCAGCGGUACUCCGACUACUGACCCCUUUGGCGGUGCUUUCCCUUCUGCGGGUGCUUCCUCGUUGGCCGGAGUGCCGCCAGGGUUCAGCACUGGCGCGGUUCUGCCUACAGCUAUCCCCGACCCCGGCGAUGGGAAUGGCAACAAUUUUGGGACCCCUGGGCCUGGCGAUGUUGGCGGGAUUCCCGGCAACGGCGGCAACAACGGCGGCAGCAGCCCUGGGACCGGCGAUAAUGGUGGAAUUCCUGGUGUCCCUGGUGGAAGUCCGGGAACUGGCAACAAUAAUGAGAGUCCUGGAGGCGGCGGCAAUGGCGUUAAUCCCGGGACCGGCAAUAACGGGGCCAGCCCCGGUUCUGGAAAUGUUGGUGUGAGUCCUGGAAUCGGCAAUAAUCCUGGAGCACCUGGAAAUGGCGGUAACGGUGUCAAUCCUGGAACUGGGGAUAAUCCUGGGGCCCCCGAAGCUGGCGGUGAUGGCGUCAGUCCCGGAACCGGUGAUAAUGGAGGGAUCCCUGGUAACCCUGGUGGGAUCCCAGGAAUUGAUAAUGAAGGCAGCAGUCCUGGAACUGGGAUUCCUGGGACCGACAACGGCGGAUUUCCAGGAAGCGGCGCUGGGAAUGAUGAGUUUGGCUCCGGGCAGAACCCGGCCUCUUCUCCUGGCUCCGGAGAUGAUAUCCCUGGGAAUGCGAAUCCAGGCUCUGGCGGCCAAGGUAAUGCUGCGCCUGGAUCGGCUGGCGGGCCUGGAAACGGCUCAGGUGGCGCCGCGGGAUCUCCAAGUGGCGCCGGGCCAUCCAACAAUCCUGCUGGGCCUAUCGAUGGCCCAACGGGUACCGGGUCUGGUUCCCCAACGGCCAGCAGCGAUGCCCCAAGUUCAGGCAUUUCUGGCUCUCCUAGCGCCGGCAUCAACCCCUUCCCAGGCGCACUCAACUGCUACUGUGUUCCUGAUCCCGCCCCGCCUACCCCCUCCUCCGCCUCCUCGUCCAUUUCCAGCUCUUCUACUGUGACCAGCUCCUCGUCACUCACUAGCUCUUCCUCCGUCUCCUUGUCGGCCAGUAGCAGUUCCUCGCGUCCGACGAUCACUGGCUUUCCACCACCAGGGGCGACCCCUAGCCCAGGCGCGAUGUAUCUGAGUUGCUACUGUGUCCCUCUCCAGUAG